UUUCCAUUCAAUUAAAUAAAAUGUCGCAAUCUGGAUUGGUUACCCUUCACACAUUAAGUACUCUAUCAAACCACGACUUUAUACAUACAGUUCGCGGAUUGCAAACGGAAAUAAAACGGAUUAACACCGAAAACAGUAUAUUCGUUAAUUUUUUAAACGCAAACGAACCGGCUUUAAUUGAACGAAUGGACGUAACGUUAACGAAAGUCCAAGAAAUGCAAUCUCAAGCUCAACCUGAACCGAAUAAAACAGUAUCUGGGAUCAGCGGAGCAAUAAACGCUCCAAUUGAUGCUCAAAGUGCAGUGUCAAAAAGUGUUAUGGACGAAAAAGUUUUAAAAGCAGCAAAAGGGCCGAGAAUCAACUAUUCUUAUCGGACGGAUUUGUUGUUACGCGAACAGGAUGAUAUACAAACAAAUUUGGAACGUUUUAUCAAAAAAACUCAUCUGCAAAAGAAUAGAUUAAUUGCUGAAAUUGAGGAAAGUGGGAUUAGAAAUACCGAAUUAGUUGAGGCUAGGAAUAAUUUUGAAACAGUUGUUGUUAUUGAAGGGAUUGAAGAAAUAACACAAAAAAUUCCAGCUGAAAAAUUUGUGAGAUACAUGCAAGAAUGGUUAAAAUUUGCACAAAUAAUGUUAGAAAAACUUCGUUUACGAACAAAUUCACUUCGCACUACAUACAACAAAUUAAAAUCCCAAUUAAUUCAAAAAGAAGAAUCGGGAGUGUCUGUUAGUGAAGUCGAUUUUGUACAAUUAGAUAUUGCAAAUAAAAAUUUUUUGGAUAGUAUUGAAGAAAAAAAUAAAAAUUUAAUCGAAUUGAAACAAAUAAACGGAAAGGCAAGCUAUAUGUUAUCAAAACAUAAAAAUUUUCUACAAAAGCAACAAAUAACGUUUGAUAAAAUUUUGGAGACGAUUUUAAGGACAAAUAGUUUUUAUGAAAGACUUGAUAGAGAUUACGAUGCGACUUCUUUAGUUAUAGAAAAGCAACAAGAAAAAUAUGAUGAUUUAGUAAAAUUAACUAGUAAAUACACAGUCCCUGAUGUUAUGGAGUACAUCAAGAAAAAAGCUGAAUUAGCUAACUUGAAAAAGAACCUUAAAGUUACAAUGAGAAAAGUCAAUAUUCAAAUGAUGGCAAUGGGAACUUAUUCGCGAACGAUGUGUCAAUUAACUGGAAUAACAAAAGUGGAUCCUUCUUGGUUUGAAUCAACGAUUUCAACGCCUGAUAGUAUCAGCAUUAUUGAAUUAUCAAAAGCGAUACCUUCUUUUAUUCACAAAGAAUCAUUUUUCAAAGCUUUAGAUAGCCGCAAAAUGGAAAAGGAUAAAUGACAUUUACAUAGAU